AUGUUGGAGGCCGCGCUGACGACCCUUGCAUCCGUCGCGGUACUAGGAGCUAUUGGCUAUGGUUAUACACGAUAUUAUAAACAGAUGGUCUUGAACAAAAUUGAAAAUGCUUUUGCUCCUGGUGACCCUGUACUAGAAAUGGCAGCCGCCGGCAGCCAGAAGACGGCAAAGUACGGCAAAGUGCUGGUUGACGAGGACAAGCGCCGUGAGCACUGGGUCCAACGCGAAGAACAAGCAUUGCUGGACGGCAUUGUUGCCGGCGAAAUCCGAGGACAGUACUAUUUAUUGGUAGGGGAAAAGGGCACUGGAAAGUCUAGCAUGCUACUCGACGCCAUGGCAAAGUUGGAUGGAGAGGGUUGUGCCAUGUUCGAUGCCCAUUCUGAUCCCGAGAUCUUCCGUAUUCGCAUCGGCAAGGCGCUGGAUUUCGAAUACCAUGAAGACAACAUCGGCUCGCUAUUCUCAAUACGCGGACCACGCGAUGCCAACGCACUCCUCGACGUCGAACGAGCAUUCAAUAAGUUGGAAAAAGUCGCCAUGAAGCGACGAGCGACGGUUGGAAGACCUCUCGUCUUGAUCAUGAACGCAAUGCAUCUCCUUCGAGACGACGAAGCUGGUCGCGAUCUGCUCGAGCUUUUGCAGCAGCGGGCUGAGCAAUGGGCGGCGAGUAACCUGGUGACUAUCAUAUUCAAUUCUGACGACUACUGGAUAUACGAGAGACUGAAGCAGUACGCCACGCGCAUGAAUGUGAUCAGGAUCCUGGACCUCUCCAAGAAACGAUCCCUGGCAGCACUACGAACCUACCGUCUGAAGCAUCUAGGCGAAGAUCCUGACCCAUCACUGUUGGAGCAGGUCUACGACAAAGUCGGUGGUCGAUUGGCCUUCCUUGGCAAGGUUGCGAAAGCAGAUGACAUGCUCAAAACUGCAGAUGAAAUCUGCGAGACCGAGAAAACGUGGUUCCUGAAUCAAUGUUGGAUUCUUGGCAUGCCCAUGGAUGACGAUGUCAUGGAAAAUCAGAAAUAUGCCUCAGCAGCGUGUGUGCUUGCCAAAGCGCUAGUAGAUCUCGAGAAGGAGAUGGAGUCGACAUAUGAUCCCGAGGAGGGGCACAUUUUGCCUGAAAUUGCUCUUCACAAAGCCAGACAGAUCAUGACAAGAGCAGACUUCAUCAAGAGCUAUGAUGCGAUCAACGUUUUCACCAUCGACAGCAAGGCUCGCGUCAGGGCCGACUCAGUCCCGAUGAUGAAUGCUUUCCGAGAGAUCUGCAACGAGGAAGGGUUUGAUGAGCUAUUGGAAGCGACUCUCGUCCGUAUCGGCGACAUUGAAUCACUCGGCCGCACCCGAGAAAUUACCAUCAAGGAUCUGUGGAAUAACGGCAAAUACAACAUCCAGAUGCAGGAUGCGAAAGGCAGACCAGCGGGAAGCUUGACGUUCCAUGUCAAGUCUGAGGAUGACGAAGACGCUGAGAGCAAGGACUGA